AUAUAAAAAGCAAGAAUCGUAAACAUUAAUUUCACGUUUGAAUAUUUGGUGAUCGAAAUUGGAAGAUUAAAAUUAAAACACGACAGUAACUAACAAUAUGGCUACAAUAGAAAUCACGAUCAGUGGAAAAACGACAAGUCGUGUAGGCACGCAGGGAAAAGUUGUGGAGGAUAGAAGCUUCCCAAGUAACGAGUGGCGUAACUUGUGAGUGGGAAUAUCGACAAACACAGCUCAACAACUGUGUCUGCCCAAAAGUCAUGUUGAUGUUCUUCUUCUUCUCCUUGUUCGCCUCCACUUUUCACUGAACACUUAUUACUCACUCCUUCAUGGCCACUUCGCUCUCUUUCUCCAUUUCUCCCAAAACCACUGCCACAACCUCAGCCUUCCGAUUCAAAGUCUCCGCCAUGGCUACCACCAUCGCCGCCCCUUCUACCAAGGUGGCUCCCGCCGUCAUUGUCGGCGGCGGAAGAGUGGGUAGGGCCUUGCAGGACAUGGGCACCGGUCAAGACCUCCUCGUUCGCCGAGGAGAGUCCGUACCUCCCAAUUUUGAGGGUCCCAUUUUUGUGUGCACAAGGAACGAUGAUCUUGAAUCCGUGCUUCAAUCUACACCUUCUUCUAGAUGGCGUGAUUUGGUGUUCUUCCAGAACGGAAUGAUGGAGCCGUGGCUUGAGAGCAAAGGUUUGGAAGAUGCAAACCAGGUGUUGGCUUAUUUUGCUGUCUCUAAAAUUGGAGAAAGCCCUAUUGAUGGUAGGACUGAUACCAAUCCUGAAGGACUCACUGCUGCAUAUGGCAAGUGGGCUUCUGUUGUAGCUGCUAGAUUAAAUGCUGGAGGCCUCUCUUGCAAGGUUCUUGACAAGGAGGCGUUUCAAAAGCAGAUGUUGGAGAAGCUUAUAUGGAUUUGUUCCGUUAUGCUUGUUGGAGCACGGCAUGGAGGGGUUUCUGUAGGUGUCGUGGAAAAGGAAUUCCGCACUGAAUUGUCCAGCCUUAUAACAGAACUGGCAUCAGCAGCAGCAAGUGAAAAGGGGUUAAAAUUUGAAGAAGCCAUGGAAGAGCGCUUGUGUGCAUAUUCUCGAGCUGUAGCCCACUUUCCCACGGCAGUUAAAGAGUUCAAAUGGAGAAAUGGUUGGUUUUGUUCUCUCUCUGAGAAGGCUAAUGCCCAAGGCAAGCCAGACCCAUGCCCUUUGCAUUCCCAAUGGCUAAAAGAGUUGAGAAUUGUAUGAAGCUUGAACUCUAGUGUGUGUGUGUGAUGUGUGCAAGGUUACCAGCUUGUAAGAGUUAUGUAGACUUAGGGUGUGUUUGACCUAUUCAACUCUCCCCUUCCUUUUAUUUUUUAUUUUAUUGCUUUGGAAUGUGUAAAACCUCCGUCCAGUCAUGCUGAAACGGGUUUCCAAACACACACUUAGCCACUAACAAGUGAUAUAGUUUCCUGAGUGUAAGUUUAAUUUAGUUAAUAAAGUUCAAAUUUCAUUUCCUUCCA